ACGGGUAGUGUUCCCUUUCAACAUCGUGAUAACUCAUUGUGUAUGCUGAUCAACUCACAGUUUGCGCAAAUUGCUUUAACGACGCGUAAUCCUGUCAAGAACAUCUUGAAAGGAAAAGCUCUCGCGCUCCUUGUCUUCAUAAUUGAUGUACAACACACCCUAAAAAUCGACUGUAAGUAAAAAUGGCUGGGAAGAAGAGAGAUUUGAUCGUUGCUAUCGACUUUGGUACUACGUACAGUGGUUUUGCCUUCGCACCAGUUAACGCGAUUGAAGAGAGUGAUAUMCAUGUAUUUCGCGGCUGGGGACGUGGACAAGGUUUUAGCUUCUUUAAGACUCCAACUUGUGUCUUGCUCACRCCCGAAGGAGAUUUUUACAAAUUUGGCCAUGCAGCUGUCGAAACGUAUGCAAAGCACUUGGCAAGGAACGAGGGRAAGGAUUUACUCUUUUUUGAUCGCUUUAAAUUUGUCCUCUACAAUUCCAAGAAUCUCAAUCAAGAGACGMGAGUACAGGCCGCGAACGGACGUAAAGUUCGAGCGCUUGAUCUCUUUGCGGUUUGYCUGGCAUAUUUACGUCAAACUGCCAUGGAAACGAUGAAUAGUUCGCGCCAAAGUAAAAACGGUACGGAUGAUGCACCAAAAUACUCACUAAACCAAAUCCAGUGGGUUCUAACAGUACCGGCKAUAUGGAAUCCUACUGCUAAAGAAUUCAUGAGAGAAGCAGCAUACAUGGGUGGUUUAGCGUCUGCUGAUGACCCCGAUCAGCUUCUUAUCGCUCUUGAACCCGAGGCAGCGUCAUUCUACUGCCGAAGACUACAAAUGAAGGACUUUCUAGGGGAGACAGGGGAAAAUCUUGUCAGCGAAAUGCUAAGAAAAACGUCAAACUCGUACAUGGUGAUUGACAAUGGAGGUGGGACUCUGGACAUAACGGCGCAUCAAAUACAAAGAGAAGGCAGUAUUAAGGAGAUUCACCCRCCAGCUGGGGGGCAACUUGGUGGUGUACUAGUCGACAAGGAGUUUGUUGGCAUGUUAAAGAGAAUAUUCGGUGAAGAUUUUAUUCAAUUAUUUCAACGAGAUUAUCCAAACGACUGGCAGAAGAUUAUGAACGACUUUGAAAUCCAAAAGCGAGCUGAACGAGGGAUCGAUAGUGAUGAAAUUAGCAUAGUUCUUCCUUUCAACUUUGUCAAUUCCUACAGUAAGGUCAUAGGAACGGACGACAACAUCAACGAAAACCUUCGAUUGUACUACACCCAGGGGGAGGUAAGCCUCGGUGGCGGGUAUUUGUACGUUGAUUUAUCAAUCCUAGAACAAUUCUACCAGCCUGUCAUUGAGAAAACAAUCGACAUGGUCAAGAGUAUUCUACAAAAAGACAAACUCUCAGAUGUGAAAACAUUGUUCCUUGUUGGUGGAUUCUCGCAAGCCUUUCCAAUACGUAAAGCUAUCAUGGAAGCGUUCCCGGAUUUUGAAGUUCUGACGCCGCGUGAAGGCGAACUUGCGAUAAUGAAGGGUGCGGUCAUGUUUGCGCAAAAUCCAAAUCUCUUGAACGCGCGUGUCAUGGCGAAGACUUACGGCAUUGACAUCAAUGAGCAGUUCAAUCCAGAAAAGCAUCCAGUCGACAAGAGAACCAGCAUCGAAGGAAUUGACUUCUGUGAGGAUGUCUUCGACGCUUUAGUCAAAGAAAACGAAGAAAUCAAAGUUGGAGAAAAGCGCACAUUUUUCUUCUCUCCAGUCCACCCGCAGCAAACAGUGGCGAGACUCAAGUUCUUCAGUACAACCAGGCCAGAAGCUGCCUUCAUUACAGACCCCGAUGUCGACGCAGAGAACGUGGAGUUUGAGGUGAUAAGCCCUGAUGUUGGUAAAGGUCUUGACAGAAAGAUCGAACUCGAUGUGUAUUUUGGUGGAACUGAGAUCAAAGUUAGCGCUAUGGAUGUAUCAUCCGGAAGCUCAGCGAAAGCUGCACUGAGGCUCAUCACUAAAGGAUAAUGUAUCUGACAGACUGAACUAACAAUAUCAGUGAAUUGAUUAGAGUAAACUUAGUUAAUCCGUUAAACUAUCACAAAAGAGGUGCUAAUUAUAUUUAUUCCGCCUUUAUUCCAAAUUGUCCAAUUAACAUUAUUUAGUAGUUGUUAGUACUAUUUGUUUCGGAUUAAGUACGUKUACUCUAACAACAAAAUACUAAAGAGAGUAUAUUUAGUAACGAUGAUGUAUCACUGAUCAACUAAAGAGAGCACUUGACAAUUUACGAAAUAUUUGCAGAUCAAAAGAGUAAAAAUAUGAUAUAUACUAGUCAACCAAAAGAGAUUAGUAACUAAUAAUUUACUGGAUUUUGUGACAAAUGGAAAUUAUACUGACUGACUGAUUGGUAGAAAUAUGAUUUCCAUWAAAGCCUUUAAAGCAUGAAGAUCAAACAUAUAAAGAAAAUAUAUCCAUGGCAACGACAUUUAAUGUGUGCUGCCUCCUUAACUUACAAAGAGUAUCUAAUGUUCAGGCUGCUAAUGUUAUACAAUUGCUAGAAGAAAAUGGAAACAGUUAAAGAUUUAAAACUGACUACAGCCACAAAGUGCYGAGAUAUGUUUAGGUUGUUUCACACUAGGGAGGGGGCAAAUAAUAGACAGAAGUAGAGUGGUUUCAUAAGCYUGUGAAAUAAAGUUUAGCAUUCUAUGCUUUAUGACUCUUUUUACUAUA